GGCGGCGCCGCAGCGCACGGCGGGCGGAGCGGCGAUGGCGCUGCCCGGGGAGCUGUGGGCAGAGCUGCCGGCCGAGCGCCGCAUCUUCUGCUCCGUGCUGCUCUUCUCUUGGGCCGUCUACCUUUGGGAGGCCUUCCUGGCUCACCGGCAGAGACGAGUGUAUAGAACAACAACACAUGUACCACAAGAAUUGGGACAGAUCAUGGAUUCAGAAACAUUUGAAAAAUCUCGUCUCUAUCAGCUGGACAAAAGUACUUUCAGCUUUUGGUCAGGCCUCUAUUCAGAGAUUGAGGGCACUAUGAUUCUCCUCUGUGGAGGAAUUCCUUUUCUCUGGAAACUGUCUGGUCAGAUCUCUGGUCAUGCUGGAUUUGGACAAGAAUAUGAGAUUGUUCAGUCAUUGGUAUUUCUGCUGCUUGCAACACUCUUCAGUGCCGUGACUGGUCUCCCGUGGAGUUUAUAUAAUACAUUUGUCAUAGAAGAGAAACAUGGCUUCAAUCAACAGGUAUUGCAGAGAGCACUUGUACUGACCCAAUGGCUUCAGACGCUGGGAUUUUUUUUUAAGGAUGCUAUCAAGAAGUUUGUUGUGACUCAGUGUAUUCUGUUGCCAGUGACAUCUCUUCUGCUUUACAUUAUUAAAAUAGGGGGAGACUACUUCUUCAUCUAUGCCUGGCUCUUCACCUUAGUUGUUUCCUUGGUGCUUGUUACAAUCUAUGCAGACUAUAUUGCACCUUUGUUUGAUAAAUUCAUUCCACUUCCGGAGGGAGAGCUCAAGCAACAAAUUGAAACAAUGGCAAAGAGCAUUGACUUCCCGUUGACUAAGGUGUAUGUUGUUGAAGGUUCGAAGCGUUCUUCUCAUAGCAAUGCUUAUUUCUAUGGAUUCUUCAAGAAUAAGCGGAUAGUGCUCUUUGACACCCUCUUGGAAGACUAUUCUGCAUUGAACAAAGAACCAGCAGAAGGAGAAGAUGGUGAGAAUGAAGAAACAAAGUCUAAAACCAAAAAUAAGAAACAAGGAUGUAAAAAUGAAGAAGUUCUAGCUGUACUUGGUCAUGAAUUGGGUCACUGGAAACUAGGUCACACUGUCAAAAAUAUUAUUAUCAGCCAGAUGAAUUCCUUCCUCUGCUUCUUCUUGUUUGCUGUGCUAAUUGGUCGAAAAGAACUCUUUACUGCAUUUGGUUUCUAUGACACCCAGCCUACCCUGAUAGGCUUGAUGAUUAUUUUCCAGUUCAUUUUUUCACCUUACAAUGAGGUUCUCUCAUUUUGUUUGACUGUAUUAAGCCGACGGUUUGAGUUUCAAGCAGAUGCAUUUGCCAAGGAACUUGGGAAGGCUAAAGACCUAUAUUCUGCUUUGAUCAAGCUAAACAAAGAUAAUUUAGGUUUCCCUGUUUCUGACUGGAUCUUUUCAAUGUGGCAUUACUCCCACCCACCCCUUUUAGAAAGACUUCAGGCCUUGAAAGAUGCAAAGCAAGAGUAACAGGAAUCAUUGCUGGUUCAGAGACACUGCUUCCAUCUCAGAAGCAAAGUUCAGAGCUGCUUUUUAAUUUUUUUUUAAAAAUUGAUAAUGCCAAUUAAGUGCACUGUUAACAGCACCACAGAUCUGAGAAUCCUGAAACAGGUGUUAAAUUAUAAAUUACUUCUUUUUAACAAAAACAAAACUGUGGAACUUAAUUUAGAAAAAGUACUGGGUGAUGACCUUUCCCCUCCUCCCCAAUGACUUUUAUUCAAAGUAUAGACUUUUAAAGGGAGGAAAACAAGCAUAAACUUCGAAGCACCUUUUUCUUCAGUUUGUGUAUGCCUUGAAAAUUGCUUUUGAUCCUCUUUCCAUUCUCUGCGUUCUGUGAACCUUCCCGGUCUUACUCUCUUCACAGUGAAGAGGCUUUGGGUGACUUGAUUUCCUGUAAAAUGAUACCUGUACUCGCCAGUCAGUGUGUUGUGUUUUAAAAAGCUGAAUGCAACAGCAGCCUUUCUCCUGGAUUCAUGUUUGUCAUAAUGAAAAAUGCUACAUAAUAAAACCUUUCUCUGAA